GAGGCCGAAAUCAUGGACGGCGCCCACACUUUCCAAACCCCUGGCGACUUCUACUCUCAAAAACCCAGAACCUCCGAUCCAGAGACUCCAACUGUAGGUCCCUUGCGCAUCCACAAAGUAAAUCACUCUACUUCGACCACCUCGACUACAUCGACUCCCUCGAGGACAUCGUCAGAAGAAGCCGAGGUCGACGGCACCUCGCAAACCAGACGCGCCAGUCCUCCAUACCCCGAUGAUCGCUUUCGCCCUGUGCAUGCUGCUGCCGGCGCACAACGUCUAGGAACUCCCGAGCUGAACUCAUCAGGCAUGCGCCGUCAAUCUUCGACUCGUACCAAAUUUGGUGCGGGCGAUCCAAACCGUCCUACCGUCUCUGGCUACGCUGGCACUCCACCACCCUCCCUCACUCCAGGAAUUAGAGGAGACAGAAACAAGCUUGCUCCAGAGGUACCAGGAAAGGAAGAGGUAAACGACGAUGACGAUGGCUUGUUCCAGAAGCCUCCACCAAAAUCCGCUGCACCGGCAGUGCCUGUGGGCGACGAAGGAAUAGCCCAGUCGACGUACCAACAGUACUAUCCACCCCCGGCAGCUGCUACGCUCCAGCCUCCAAGCGCUGGUGUAAAUCGAUUGAGUUCGACUGCCUCUACGUCUACGACACGCGCCCAAAGAGGGUCCCCACCACCACCAGAGACACCUAUACUCGGCAAGCCGACAGGAGGGUUCGAAUCCGGAUACCCAUAUGCUCAAAACGCUGCGGCCUCUCGUGCCAAUCAGUAUGCCAGUCCUCUUGCCCGACCCUCGACCAUGUCGCCAUCGCAACAGCCAAUAGGAUUUCCUCGGCCUUGGACACCAACUGAACAACCUGGCAGCUAUCCACACGGACCCCCGGUUGCCUUUCAGGGCGGUACUGAGGUCCCACCUGCAACGACUUACCAGAGUCCUACCAUUGAUGCCUACCAAAGUCCAUCUCAACUAAAUCAAACCCGCGCAAAUCAGAUUUCUCCCUCUCAGCCGGUCCAGCAAUUCGUGUCACCGCCUGUUCCACAAUUUGGAGUUCCCAUUGCUCAAACCCCUUCUCCUGCCCAGCUUGCCCAACCCGCCCAAUAUCUGCAAUCGCCUCAGAACAACCAGCCUGGUUCGCGUCUGUCCUUUUCUCCCCAGACACAUCCUCUGGAGCAGGAUAUGCAGCGACUACAGGUAGCCGAUGAACCUCCGCCGGCAUAUUCGAGUGUGUCUCAGCAGAAGUUGUUCUCUGGAGCGACUGCUCAAGGUUAUCCAAAUGAGAAACGCUUGAGUAAUGCUUCCGUGCCUAGCUCCACCUCUUCACAAGAUCCCAAUCUUCGUAGACACCCAGCCUUUGCCAACGACGCAGGUCAACCCAUCGUGCAACAGACCGUGCAGCAGCCUGUUGCCUCCACGCAGCCUACAACUCUAGCACCCAUCCAGAUCAUUUCACCAAGCCCGGGACCCAGCAUAACACCAGCAUCUCCUCCACCUCUUCCCGAAGGAUGGAUAGCCCAUCUAGACCAGAACUCAGGCCAAUAUUAUUACAUUCAUCUACCCACCCAAUCCACACAGUGGGAGUUCCCUAAAGGACCAACUCCACUGAAUCUCCAAGAACCGCUUUCACCAACAGCAACCUUCGCGAACCCGAUGGCUUCCCCAGCUCUGGGUGGCUUCCCACAGCCUCUGGCGUCACCUGGCUUCCCUCCACAAAGCGCUUCGUACCAUCGUGACAGCAUGCUGAGCAUGAACAAUCUUGCAAGUCCCACAGUAGCUGGCUUUACUGGACCUCCUCCAAUUGCUGGUGUGGACAUGUACAAGGUUGCACCCACAAAUGGCGUCUACUUCGGCCCAUACUUGCGCUAUACUAACAUAGAUCUCGAAAGAGGGCUGUGGCUUGGCUCUAUCCUCCUUGUCACAGAUGCGAAUCCAAUCUACCAGCAUCAACGCUGGACGUUCUAUCGCUACGAUAUUGAUCUAGUCAUGGACGAACAAGACACUAAGUGGACCUAUGCGAUCACGUCGCACCUUGGUUGUACCAGAUACGAGUUCCUUGUCGCUGGACGCUAUGAGACGAGCUGGCGCUUCAUCUCUCACUCUGGCAACGACUUUGCACUAAACGUCAGUGCCAAUGAAAGAGCCAAGCUCGGUGGCAUUGGCCUCAUGUGGAAGGAUGUUUUGCAAAAGCAUAUCGAGUGUGGUGGUUUCCACGCCCAGCUUGGUCUCGGUGGUCAAAUUUUUGGCGACCGUCUAUGGAAAGAGGUCCCCGCUCUCAGACAAUGGACUGCCAUGAGCGGUAAAGAGAACCGCAAAAACGAAGCGUGGACUGCAAAGCUUGAGGAUGAUGUGUCGCAUGCUUACUUCCAUUAUUACUCAAGCCACUUUGAUCAGCCCCAUGUGCGAGAAGCUUUCGCACAGAUCCCUCACGUUCUUACGCUCGACGACAACGAUAUUCCCUUGUCCAACAUGUUCAAAAACAUUGGCCGCAUCGGCGUUGACAUGUAUCUACUAUUCCAACAUCAUACAACGCAUGAAAUUCUUCGCAAUGUUUCGGGUGAUCUGGACCUGUUCAGCAUUACUGGCACUGGUUGGCAUUUUGUCAAAUAUCUAGGUCCAGCAGUAGUUGUGGUUGGUCCAGACACUCGUUCCGAAAGAGAUUCACACAGGGUUAUGGCCGGCCCUACAUAUCAAGGUCUCUUCCCCAAAGUCGCUAUUCUGCCGCCUAGUGUGCAGCACUGUAUCUGGAUGAUACCAGUACCGCUACUCUAUCCACGGCUUGAGACUGCAGAACACAUAGCACACACGAUGGCAACAGGCAAGAAAGCUGUCACCGGCACGUUUAACAUGCUAGGUCGAGUGACAAGUUCUGUUGCUGGAGUCGUCGGCGCUAAGGGCGUCGUCGGCGAUGGCUUCAGCUCAAUCAAAAAGGCUGUUGGGAAGUCGGGUUUGAUGAGUAGUGUGCUCAGUCCCUUUGGAGAUAUCGACAUGCUAGAUGAGCUGCGGGAUAUGUGGACCCAUGAUUCAAAGGACCUUGAACGAACAUAUCUGAUUCGUACUUUACAAGGUAUAGCGCACAACAAGUCCCUGCGCAUGACCUUCUUGUCGGGCAGUGUCAAUGCCUGUGGUGCCGGCCUCGUACAUGACCCUUCACAUCCCGGAGACCAUAAGACCAUGUACCAACUGAUUGCGUCUUCCAUCGUCAACGCACCCCCACCAUCCUAUGUCCUCCGUCUACUCAACAGCAACCCUAAGCAACCAAUAUACAUACCUCAGAACGGACAGCGCAGUGCCGGACCACACCAAGCAGCACAGUCAACCGACACAAAAGAAGACAUGAUGGAAAUCUUCGUGGCAGAUGUCAACGGCGCUCCUCGCGAGAUGAAGCGUCUCAUGGGCCGCAGAAACUACGUUGCAAUGGUCGCUUACGAUCCUGAAGUCGUGCGUGGAUCUCAUGGCUCCAUAGUACCUGGCAGCAAGAGCUCGAGUCGCCUCAGUCUUGCUGCCGAUUUCAUGGUGCAGAAUGAGGGUGCAUAUGCGGCGCCUGUUAAGUACGGCCCAGUCAUCAUUCCCAGCUUGGAGUUUGGUCGGUGA